UGUGUGUGUGUCCACAGAAGCUAAAGGAGGGAUCGAGUCGCAGCACACACAGUCAUAUUCACUCAGUUGGUCUGAGUCUCACUGUCUCUCCUAUCUCUCUCUCGUACACACUUAAAACCUCCUGCACAGACGCAGAAAGACACACACACCCAACUCAGCUGAGUUUGAGGGCAAAUAAGUCAAUAUUUGACCAGACCGGACUGUACAGGAAGGAAGUAACAAAAGAAAGAAAAGAAAAUUGGAAGUCUGUCCUUCUCUUCUUGUUGGAACUUUGACACAAGGACUUGAAGAAGUUUUUUUUCUCCAGGUGGAUACAAACUUUCCCCAAACUCUUGGGUCAAACAAAGCAAAAGGGGAAUUAGUUUUUUCUUAUUUAUUGUUGGACUUUUGGACUUGGACUGGGCGAGAGCGCUGUAAGAGGAAGGAGAUGGGGAGAUGGACGUUACAUCUCUCAGUGAGCCUUGGGCUUCUAGCUGUCCUGUUGACCUGCUGCUAUGCUGAAGUGAACCACUGCUUCGCUUCCAAGGCCAAAACUUGCUCAGAAUGCCUGCAGUCUGGGAAAGACUGCGCCUACUGCCCUGAUGAGACCUUUACUGGCCCUCGAUGUGACCUGUACAACAAUAUAAUUAUCCACGGCUGCAAUGCUGCUGCUGUAAUCACAGCUAAGAGCAGUAUCAAGAUAGAAGAAGCACAAAAAAUCAACAUGAGGCUUCAGCAGUCUCAAGUGUCCCCACAAAAGAUGAGCGUGCAGCUUCUUCCGGGAGAGGAGAGGCUGGUGAAUGUGGAGGUGUUUACUCCGACCAGAGGCCCUCUGGACCUUUAUAUUCUUAUGGACUUCUCCAACUCCAUGGCUGACGAUUUGGACAACUUGAAGAGGAUGGGCAAAGAGCUGGCUGUAUUGGUGGAGAAGCUGUCAAAUGACUACACCAUUGGGUUUGGAAAGUUUGUGGACAAAGUGAUCGAACCCCAGACUGACAUGAGACCCUCCAAACUCGCACAGCCGUGGCCCAACAGCGACCCUCCGUUCUCUUUCAAAAAUGUUAUCAAGCUGACCACAAACUUAGAUUUCUUCAACAGUGAGCUCCAGAGAGAGAGAAUAUCUGGCAACCUGGACGCUCCUGAAGGAGGUUUUGAUGCCAUAUUGCAGGCUGCAGUUUGUGGGGAUAGGAUUGGUUGGCGCGAUAACAGCACACAUCUCCUGGUUUUUUCCACUGAAUCAGCGUUCCACUACGAGGCUGAUGGUGCUAACGUGCUGUCAGGAAUCCUGCCUCGCAACGAUGAGCAAUGCCACCUGGACGCAGCUGGCAAUUACACAGAGGAUAUAAACCAGGAUUACCCUUCGAUACCUACACUGGUCCGCCUGCUGGGCAAACACAAUAUCAUACCCAUCUUUGCUGUCACCAACCACUCCUACACGUACUACAAGAAACUCCAAGAAUAUUUCCCCAUUGCUGAGGUUGGUCUGCUGCAAGAAGACUCAUCCAAUAUCCUGGAAGUCAUGGGGACUGCUUUUGAGAAUAUCCGUUCUAAGAUGAGCAUCCGUUCAGAGGAGAAACCCAAGGCUUUUGAGACACAGUUCUUGUCCACCAGUGGAAGCCUGGCACAAUACGGGAAUUUUGAUUUUAAACCUGGAGCAAUAGGCAAGUUCCAGAUGCGGCUCAAAGCCCUGAGAACAAGCGAUGAGACGCCUGUCUGUCAAAUGAAUCCGGAUGAAAAAGCAGGGAUAAUGAGAGUCAAACCUACAACCUUUAAUGCUGCUGUCAGUGUUAAUGCUACGGUUUUGUGUCCAGUCUGCGACUGUGAGAAGACACCCAUCCUUAAAGCAGCCAGAUGCAAUGGCAACGGAGACCUGGUGUGCGGCAAGUGUCAGUGCAGUGAUGGCUGGCUGGGUGCAUUCUGUAACUGCUCAGCAAGUGUUUCAGCUCAGGCCAAAGACCAGUGUAAAGGCCCGGGCAUGGAAGAGCCUUGUUCAGGUCGCGGAGACUGCCUGGAGUGUGGAACCUGUGUGUGCCACCAGGAACAGUUUGAGGGAGCCUACUGUCAGUAUGACAAGACCCAGUGUCAAAGAUAUGGUGGCUUUCUCUGCAACGACCGUGGCUCUUGCAUUAUGGGUCAGUGUGCGUGUACUGUGGGCUGGGAGGGCAAGGCCUGUGAGUGUCCCAAGAGCAACCAGACCUGUCUGGACAACAAGGGCGGUGUCUGCAACGGGCGCGGUAAAUGUGUGUGCGGCCGCUGUGAGUGUCCAGACUCUGCUGUCGAGAUGACUGCAACCUGUGAGCCAAAUUUCCAGGCCCAGUUGGGCGUGUGUGAAGCUACAAGGAGCUGUGUCCAGUGUCAGGCAUGGAAGACCGGAGAGAAGAAAGAGGAAGAGGAGUGUAAAAAGUGCCCCUUCAAAAUUGUCAUGGUGGAUGAACUCAAAGAAUCGAAGAAAGUGCUUGAUUCGUGCAGUUUCCGUGAUGAGGAUGACGACUGUACGUACCACUACACUGUCGAAAACCCCACAGAUCCAACAGUUAAAGACUUGGAGGUUCAAGUGCUCAAAAAGAAAGAUUGUCCUGCUGCUAGCCUCCUAUGGUUGCUCCCACUCCUCUUGUUCCUCUUGUUACUGCUGGCACUUCUGCUGCUCUGCUGCUGGAAAUACUGUGCCUGCUGUAAAACCUGCUGCCAGAGCUGUCUUGCCCUGCUGCCCUGCUGCAGGAGAGGACGCAUGGUUGGCUUCAAGGAAGAUGAGUAUUUGCUCCGCCAGUCUCUGCUUACCUCAGACCAUCUAGACACACCGAUGGUGAGGACCGGCCCACCCAAAGGAACCGAUGUGGUUCGCUGGAAGGUCACUGAUAAUGUACAUCGAGGACCAAACCACCCCCAGGCUCUGAUAAAGCCCAACCCUAAAGAGAUCAUCCAGUUCCCAAUCUCCCUCCGGCUAAACAGGUUGUUCUCUGAGAACCUGUCUCGCCCCGAGUCCAGAGACGCUGAACAGCUCCGAAAGGAAGUGGCUGAUAAUCUAAAUGAGGUGUACAAGCAGAUUCCUGGUGCCCAGAAGGUGCAGAAGACCUCGUUCAGAAUGCAGAGAAAUGCUGGAAAAAGGCAGGACUACGCUAUCAUGGACACAGUCUUGUCUGCUCCACGCGGCAACUACCCUGAUAUUGUCAAACUCACUGAGAAAAAUGUCCAGUCUGGAAACAUAAAUGACCUCAAAGUGGUGCCCGGCUACUACACUGUGGCCACAGACAGAGAGGCUGCUGGAGCCAUAGAGUUCCAAGAAGGUGUGGAGUCAGUAGACGUUCACGUGCCGCUCUUCGUCAAGGAUGAAGACGAUGACAAGAAACAGCUACUGGUGGAGGCCAUGGAUGUGCCACUGGGCAUUGCUGAGAUUGGAAAACGUUUGGUCAACAUCACUAUCAUCAAAGAGCAUGCCACCAGUGUCUUCUCGUUCCUCCAGCCUUUCUACACCUACAGCAGGCAGGAUGGGGUGGCCAACAUCCCAAUCAGCAGAGAGAUCAUAGAAGAUGGACGCACACAGGUCACCUACCGCACACGGGACCUCACAGCCAAGGAUAAGAAGGACUACGUGACUGUGGAAGGGGACCUGACAUAUGGUCCUGGUGAGACUCAGAAAACAGUGCCUGUUCGUCUGCUGGAACUGGGCGAGAAAGACGGCCUCCUGGAAGACAAACAGGUCAAGCAGUUUGUCAUGGAUCUCAGUAACCCACGGCAGGGUGCCAAGCUGGGACGCUACCCGAGAACUACGGUCACCAUCGCAGACCAACCAGAACCCAGUGUGAUGAUGUUCAAAAAGGGCACCCAGAAUUUUACCACAUCUGAUCCAACCUACACCAUUCCCGUGGUCCGCACUCGCAACCAGGACAGCCCCGCCACAGUGAAAUGGCGCACCAAGAAGGCCCAGCGCUUUGAGCUUUCCGGCCCACUAAAGUUUGCUCCUGGAGAGACGGAGAAGAACAUAGUGAUCGACCCGAGGGCCCACCCUGGUCCAAUACAGCCAGAGACCAUCCAGUUGGAGCUGUUUGAGCCAAGUAGCAACGCUUCAGUUGGAGAGAGGAAGACCACCCUUGUCAAUGUCACUGAAGGAGCUCCCAGAUCUCCAGAGGUUGCCCAAAUGCAGCAGAAGGGCUACAUAAACCCGAAAGCCACUUCCCCUGGUGGUCACCUUAUCGCCCCAGAUAACCCUAAGGCCAAAGCAACUGGACCCAGAAGCAUCCGCCUCAACUGGGACCCACCGCCUGGUAACCCCAUGGGGUACAAGGUAAAGUACUGGAUCUAUGGUGACCCAGAGAAAGAUGCACAGGUCUUAGAUGUGAAGACCCCUCAAGCUGAGCUGACCAACCUGUACCCCUAUUGUGACUAUGAGAUGCGAGUGUGCGGCUACAAUGCAAUGGGAGAUGGCUACAAUACAGACGUUGUUACCUGUCAAACACUGGAGGAUGUGCCUGGUGAACCUGGACGUCUGGCCUUCAACGUCAUCAGUCCAACUGUCACUCAGGUCAGCUGGGGAGAGCCUGCAGAGACAAAUGGCAACAUUACAGCUUAUGAAGUCAUCUACACACCCAUCGACGAUGAACAGAAGCCAGUGGGCUCCGCUAAGAAAGUAAAGAUUGACAACCCCAAGAAGCGAAUGCUGUUGAUCGAGAACCUGCAGAACGCCCAGACCUACCAGUACAAGGUCCGUGCCAAGAACAGCGUGGGCUGGGGUCCCUUCAGAGAUGCUACCAUCAACCUGGCAUCACAGCCUGCCAGACCUCUGUCCAUUCCCAUCAUUCCAGAUAUCCCUAUUGUGGACGCAGAGGCUGGAGAUGAGUACGACAGCUACCUGAUGUACAGCAAUGAAGUGUUGAAGUCCCCCGCAGGCUCCAAGACACCCAGCGUCUCUGGUGAUGGCUGGAAAUAUGUCAAGUUGGUGGGGUCCAACCUGGAUCUCCGCAAGGUGUCGUGGAAAAAGCGAGUGGACAUCAUCCCCAGUCGGCUCAGCACAGACACAGAGACGAGCUCAGAUGAGGCCCCCAACCCCAGCCACGCCAAAACACCCCAGCCAGAUUACAUGGUGAAUGGGAAGUGGGACCAGAACUUCCUUUUCCCGGGGGGAUCAGCAACUCGCAACCUGUCAGCAUCGUCCUCUCCUAUGUCCACUCUGAGCUCAAACUACAGAGGGGCAGGCGGAUCCUUCACAGAAACAACCACCACCUACAUGUCCGGACCAGGGAGCUCUCGUAGACAGGACAUGAUCGGAGGAGUGCAGACAUCAGAAGUCAUCAUGAGGAAGCGCUCAGAGAGAGGUUACACAGAUGAAAACAUCCGGGACUCUAUCGUCAUGGGAGAUGUUUCAAACAAGUUCCCAGAUCUAGGGUUCGGCUACACUGGGAUGCAGAGCAGCUCUCAGAGCCAGUUCAGCUACAGCCUGUCUCAGGGUUCCAGGGCCAGGACCCAGUCUUCAGACGUCAAUGAAGCCCUAUAUAACCUGGACAGGGUGCUCCAGGAUGCACGGCUUUCCCCCGGUGUCCCGGACACCCCCAGCAGACUGGUGUUUUCUGCUCUGGGUCCUACUGCCCUCAAAGUCAGCUGGCAGGAGCCCCACUGUGAGAAAGACAUCCUGGGCUACUGCGUCCUCUACCAGCUGCUCAAUGGAGGGGACAUGAAGCGUAUUAAUGUGACGAACCCAGCGGAGAACUCAGUGAUCAUCCAGGACCUGCUGCCCAACCAUUCCUACCUGUUCAAGGUGAAGGCUCAGAGCCAGGAGGGCUGGGGUCCAGAGAGAGAGGGAGUCAUCACCAUCGAGUCCGCUGUGGAUCCCAAGAGUCCCCUCAGCCCCAUGCCAGGCUCGCCAUUUACUCUGAGCACUCCCAGUGCCCCGGGGCCCCUGGUCUUCACUGCCCUGAGUCCUGACUCACUGCAGCUCAGCUGGGAGAAACCUCGUAAACCCAACGGAGACAUCCUGGGCUAUGUAGUCACCUGCGAACAGCUGCAUGGUGGAGGAGACGUGCGUUCCUUCCAGGUGAACGGCGACAGUGCUGAGACAAGUCUUACCGUCCCGAACCUGACUGAGAACGUUCCCUACAAGUUCAAAGUUCAGGCUCGAACCACACAGGGCUUCGGCCCCGAGAGGGAGGGCAUCAUCACCAUCGAGUCUCAGGACGGAAGUGCUUUGUCUCAGUACAACAGCCAAUCAUUGUCAAGGAGGGAGGUUUUCCACAUGCCGACAGAGGUCAGCACACGGACCAACGUCUCCCACACGAUGCUCAACGACCCCUACUUCUCAGACGGGAUGAUGAUGACAACACAGCACACAGAGAGCAGCGGCAUGGUGACCCGUCAAAUUACCAAGGAAGUGGUUCAGCGGAGCGUCAUGGGAGGAACCACUGUCACAAAGAAGAUGUUUUAUGAAUCUUAAGAUUUAAUUACACCACGAAUUAACACCCAGAGGUCCAACAUGACGAGGAAUCGUAUCCGAGCUCCUCUUUUAAAAAGAGUCGGCACACACACGAUCAGUGCAUGUUUUUAUACCUGUGUGUGGGUGUGAGAUUCUACAACCAAACACGGUCUUAUGUAAUAAAUAGAUGGAGAGGAGGCCGCUCUGUCCUGCCUGUUACAAACUGUGGUCACUUUCCUCCGCAGAUGAGGUUCAUUUUAACAUUUACAUUCAUUUUCACUGUUGCUACUGAUGCAUUUCACUCCACUUCCUUCCCACUAAGCAAAUCAUGGAGCGCUAGACUCCACUCCCUCUGUCGGUGCAGAUCUGGUAAGACUCACUGGGGCUUUAAAUCGGGCCAGCACGGGCCAGUAAUCUGACCGCGAUUCAGUAAUCCAAAGUGACCUUUUCCCCUUGUCUCCUGUCCUCCACCUGACUGUAAGAGACAGUGUGUGUGUGUGUGUGAGGUGCUUUGACUGUUUCAGGUUUAACCACACCAAAUUUCCAUUCUCUUUCUGUUUGAGAUGUUUUGAGGAGAAGUAGACUUGAAAUUGCUGUGGAUGUUUUAUAUGGUUCAUCAUUUUCACAAGUGGUCUUAUCCUGAGUGAUCAAGAAUAUAAAAGUGGUGUAUUUGUUAAUAGAUUUGUAUUAUAUUAAAGUGUGAUAAAGUAUUUUCAAAGCAUAUUUAAUACUUUUAAAGAUUUUUACUUAAGCAGACUGACAUUAAAUUUAAUGCCAAAUAUAAAAGUAUUUCCAUAAAAACUUGCUCAUUUAUAAGGGCAUUUCCUACUGACAAGCAAAGGGGGCGUGAUUUUACAAUGCAGACAUGAUCAAAAAUCUAUGAUACGCAACAUAAAUGUGGUAUACACUGCUUCAAGUUGAUACUUUCCAUACGUUUCCUUACUCUGCAAGGUUUGUAUUGUGCAUUUUCAGUAGAUUGAUAUUGGAACGUUGAGGUCUUAAUAUUUGAGAGAAAUGGUGUGUAAAGACGGAACGAUUGUAUUUGCUUCAAUGCAAGUCCUACUGUAUUUCAGCUCCUUGUUUUGUUGCUUUUGUAAAACAUUUUUAUUUUUAUCAGAAAAACCGGAUGUGGAUAAGUGGACGACCUUUUCACCAAAAACACUCUCACUUAAGAAUACAUGUACUUUUGAUUAUUUGAUGUAUGCUUAAUUAGUUUCUUUUUUGGUAUGUCAAUUCUGUUGCACUUAAUAAAGAUUUGAAAUAAA